AUGAACAUAUAUUUCCCCUCGUACUCCGAACCUCUUGUCCUCCAGAUCCUCUUUCGUGACUACAAACUUCGUAGCUAUUCGCUAAACGCUGUCAGCUACCACUUUCUGGAAGAACAGAAGGAGGAUGUCCAGCACAACGUGAUCUCUGAUCUCCAGCGGGGCAAUGCUUUGACUCGGCGUCGGUUGGCCGUCUACUGCCUCAAAGACGCCUACCUUCCACUACGGCUGCUUGAUAAACUUAUGUGCAUCGUUAACCACGUCGAGAUGGCGCGAGUAACUGGGGUGCCCAUAACGUAUCUUUUGACUCGGGGACAGCAGAUAAAAGUGAAUAGUCCUUUUUGUUUCUCUUACCUAAAUUCAGAUACGCAUUUUAACUAG